UAAGCUGCAGUCACAUAAAAUUAACAACCGGUUUGAAAAUGCUUUUGUUUUGCUUACACGAAGUCUGUCUGUCAAUUUGAAUGACGUUGGAACUAUUUUUUGUUGCAAAUUUUAUUUUAAUUAAUUAUGGGCAUUGAAGAGCGUGUUAUUGCCAAAUUAAAUGCAGAGCUAGCAGGUAAAGUUGAGAGUUUACCAAGAAGCAAGGAAUUAGUCAAUAAAUAUGUGGAUCAGCUAAACAAUAUUGAAAAGAAGCUCAAUAUUGAUGAGGAAAGCGACGAAUCAGAAAACUUUCGAAUAGUCCUGACGGAAUCACAGAAUGCACUAGAUACAAUAGACGAGAAGCUUGAUAAAAUCAAGAAUUAUGAAGAGAAAAUUGAAAAACAUCUGAAAAAGUUCAGAAAAGUUGAGGAAGAGAUUCAUAGUCAUUUAGAGAAAAUAACAGAUUUAGAGCGUCUUGUUGAGUAUUUUCGGAUUGUACAAGAUAUACAGGAUAUAAGUCACGAGCUGUCAAAAUGUAUAAACUCAAAAGAUGAUCAAAAAACAGUUAAUUUAUUUUUAUCACUAUCUGGAUCGCCAGAAUCUUCAGACAGUGUAAUUGGACGUUUGCAGGAUGUUGAUGCACCAAACUUGAAGUUUUAUUCAAGACAAAUAGCAAUUCAUUGGCAUGAUGUAAUCAAGAAGAAAUUAUCAAGUGAAUUUGAAUCAAUUCUUAAAAGCAUUAAAUGGCCAAAUUUAGGUCACUUGGUAGAUUCAUUCAAUCCAACAAAGGAAGCUAUUUUUAAGCUUUCAACUCUUGCUGAAUAUUUAUUCCUUGUUCAAUUGCCUGGCUAUGAUAGAUUUAUGUACGUAAAAUUAUCUCCAUCAAUUGUAUGUCCUCCGAUUCCAGCACCCAUUGAACUUUUAAUCAAGCCAUUCCGAAUUCGUUUUGAGUAUCAUUUUAUGAGCAAUCGUCAAACUAAUCGUCCAGACAAGCCAGAAUAUUUCUUCACACAAAUUCUUAAUUGGGCUAAAGAUAAUCAUCAUUUCGUUGGGGAAAUUUUUCAAGCACCAGCAACACGAGCAUGUGCAACUGAUAAUGUGAGGCUUGAAUUUGUUCGUGGCUUAGUGCAGCUCACAAUUGAGAAAUUAAUUAAUGAUAUAGAGGAAAUAAGCUUAGAUGAACAGCUUUUUGCUCAUUUAAUUGAUGAAAUUUUAUCAUUUGAACAAGAUUUAAAGACGAUGCUUCUUUAUCCAAAUAAUAUUCCAAGUGCUGUCAAUGUCCUGACACAACCUGUAUUUUUUAUUAAAUGGCUAGCAUUAGAAGAGAAAUUUACAUCCGAAAAAAUGGACAUAAUAUUCUGUGACGAGAAUAAUCCAUGGUCUAUGCUUGAUACUUUUGGCCCAUCUCACAUCAUUUCACCAUUAACAGCUAUGCCGAUUACUGUUGAACAGGAACUAGAAUUAGAGGAACUGAAAAUACCAAAAUGUGCUGAUCAAUUCGUUCGAUUAUUAGAAGCUAUGAAGGAACGAUAUUGCAUUUUACCACAGCCAUGUCAUCAGCUACAAUUCUUAAAACUCCAAAUAGAUCUUAUUGAUAGCUUCCGAAGACGAUUAGUGCAACUUCAUAAUACUGGAUAUGUCAGCACACUCAAUGUAUUAAAUGCGAUAUUUUAUGUGACAGCGGUUCUUAGAGAAUGGGGAGAAAAUGUUCAUUACUUGCAUUUACAUGCUGCACUUUUAGGUCCGAAUGCUGAUGAAAUAUCUUCAGUUUUUGAUAAAAUUAUUAGUGAAUUGGAUCAUUGGGAGAAUAAGUUGAUUAAGCAGUUAUCAUCAAGAUUUGUGGACGAUAUAAAAUGCAAGACAAUGACAUAUCGACAUGAUUUAUGGGUUUCAAUGCCGAAACAGAAUCCAAGUGAACCAUUCAUCAUAUCACAAAGUGCUGGUGAAAUAUUUCAAGUCACAAUUGCUGUUUUACAUGAUUUGGAGUCUGCAUUAUCUACAAGAAUAUUUAGUUCAACAUUAAGACGAAUAGCAAAGAAACUUGAUGAUUACUUUAUCGACAGUAUGAUUAUGAACACGAAAUUCUCAGAAGGAGGUUCCAAUCAAUUUAAGUUUGACAUUACAAGGAAUUUGAUUCCAUUAUUUGGACAAUAUAGUAAACGGCCUGGGUAUUUAUUUAAAAAUUUAUCUGAUGCUUGUACUCUUCUAUCGCUUCCUUUUGGAACUGCUUUAUUGCUUCAUCAAACGUUAAAGGCUGGAAAUAAAACAACCAGCUCGGAAGAGCUUCAAAAGAUGAAAGAUGCCUUAAAGGAAGUCGGAAUUAUUUCUUUACCAAUCACGCUGGCUGUUGAUGUGCUGGAAAGGCGGACUGAUAUAUGCCUUUAAAUUUGAUACUUUGCCUAUUAAGUUGUGUCAAAAAUAAACGUUAAUUUUGGCAAAUUUAAAUAAUUUCUUUUAUUUACAAAGACUAUCAGCU